UGCGAGACGGAGAGAGAGACGGAGAGAGACGGAGAGAACGAGGGUCGCAGACGAUGUCGUUUGUCCGAGUCUUGUGGCCGCUCAUCUUCCUCAUUCUGACCUCAGGCUUCGGCCUAAUCCAGGCCCCGCCCUCUGACCCCGGCCACCAGAGGGUUGCGACCCCGGAUAAAGAUGGAGGACGGCGCCAGGAUAAGAUGGUCCAGCGGGCAGGGGCCGAUGACCGCACCAUGACCCCAAUCCUGCUCCUCUUGGUCUUCCUGACCUUGGCGGCCAUCUUGGUCGGUGCUUGGACUCAACUCAAGACUCUCGGAGGGGGGGAAGGAGGAGGGAGAGUGGAGGGGUGGUGGCGCGGAGCGAGGGGGUUCCUGAGGGGGAGGGGGGACGGAGGGACCAGGCUGAGGGGCGGAGAGUGGGAGGAAGAGGAGGGGGAGGAUGGAGAUGAGGAGGGAGAUGAGGAGGGAGAUGAGGAGGUUUGCGUGCAGCUGCAGUUUAUCGUGGAGGAUGCAUGGGACAGAUGUCGCAGCUUUACUCGCAUGGACACAGCAGUAAAAUCGCAGCAAUGGUGGAAUAAUGCGACGAGAGGCAACUGGGUGCAUGCACGACUGCCUGCGAUCUGCAGGAGGGCAUCUGCAGCGACUCAUCGCAGCGUUACACGGUUGAAGGACAGCGGGAAACCAAGCAGGAAAUGCGAGAUUGCUGCACGCAUUGACAGGCACCUACACAAACUUGCAGCUGCAGAAACAGGCAGGAGCUUAGUGGUGGCCAUGGUGGCGCAGCGGUAG